CUUUUCAUCACACAAAAGAAGAAAAAGAACAAUAACUAAACAAAAACCAUAAUUUUUUUAAAACCUCUCUCUUCUUUCUUUUCCAUCGCCGCCGGAGAAUGAACAUUCCGGCGACCCUAACUUCCCCGUCGAUGAACAAUGCUCGUCUCUCCGACCACCGUCGCCACGUGUUCCACGAAAACACUCACCUCCAAAAAACCUUCACUCCCUUAGCCUAGAAGAAAGAAAAAAAAAAACCCGUACAUAACUACAUAUAAUCCCUCUUUAAUUAUUUUUUCCUUUUUCUCUUUUUUUUUAACCUUUCCUCUCUUAAGAACACGCCGAAUCCGUGAGUUAUUAUUGACUGGUGUAGGAAGUAGGAACGAUGAAUGUGUGUUGACUAGGGUUUUUCCCGUUUUUUGGACAAAAAGAAUAGAAGCUCUGAGAAAAAAAAAGUAGAAGCAUGGCUCCGAUGAAGGUUCAACCAAUUGCAAUUGACAUUGAUUCCGAGAUGGUGAAGGACACCGCGGCGGCGACGGCGGCGGCGGUGGUGGUUCGGAACGAGUCGGUGCUGAAGUCGCGCCUGAAAAGGUUGUUCGUCUUCGACCGCCAGUUACCGAAAAACAACAACAGAGAUGUUGCAGAAUUCGAACCGAGCUCGGUGUGCUUGGCGAAAAUGGUGCAGAAUUUCAUGGAGGAGCAGCCACCGGCGCCACCGAAAUGUGGUCGCAACCGCUGCAACUGCUUCAACGCCAAUAGCUCCGACGAGGACGAUUUCGACCUCUUCGGUGCUGCACCGGCACCGGAAUCAUCCAACGCCGACGCCACUGAAUCACUCAAGAGCUUGAUCCCCUGCGCGAGUGUCGGCGAGAGGAACCUGCUAGCUGACGUGGCGAGGAUUGUUGAGAAAAACGGCAAGUCGUUUAAGCGAAAAGACGAUUUGAGGAAGGUCGUCGCAGAAGCACUUUCCUCUCUCGGUUACGAUUCCUCUAUCUGCAAAUCGAAGUGGGAGAAAACUUCCUCUUGUCCUGCUGGUGAGUAUGAAUUCAUCGAUGCGAUUGUGGAAGGGGAAAGGUUGAUUGUCGAUGUUGAUUUUAGAUCUGAGUUUGAAGUAGCGCGAUCGACGGGAACGUACAAGGCGAUGCUGCAAUCGCUGCCGUUCACCUACGUCGGAAAAUCGGAGAGGCUGACGGAGAUCGUGGCGAUUGUUUCCGAAGCGGCGAAGCAGAGUCUGAAGAAGAAAGGGAUGCACGUUCCGCCGUGGAGGAAACGCGAUUACAUGCUCGCGAAGUGGCUCUCUCCGUCUAGCAUUAGGGAGAAGGAGAAGGAGAACAAGCAACCCCCGUCCUCCUCCGUGCAAGUCGCCGCUGCCGCCGCCGUGCCGGAAACGGUGUCCGAUGGUGAUGCGGCGUCGACUAGGGAGAGCGAUUGCGGUGAGUUGGAGCUGAUUUUCGGCGGGGAAAUGUCGCCGGAGACUGAGUACGGCGAGGCUAAAGCGGAGUCGGCGGUGGCGACGAAGCCGGCGUGGCAACCGCCGGCGGUGAAGCCGAAGAGUGUUGAGAGAGGGACUAAGGUUGUGACCGGAUUAGCCUCUCUUCUCAAGGACAAACCAUAGAACAACAAAAAGUUUUGUUAUUUUUUUUUUUAAUUCUGGAUUUUAAAAAAUUAAAAUAUAAAGAGAAAAUAUCAGAUGAGGCUAUCCUCUUUUUUCUUUUUUCUUAUUAAGUAUUUUUGUUUUCCCUUCUUUUGUUUGUAAGGGGAAAUUUGUAAGAAGUGACUUUUUUUUUUUUUUUAAUUUUUGGUUCACACCAAUGUAAGUGUAAGAAGCUGCUAUAUGUUUUGUAAUAAAAUAAAAAUAGCUGAAAUUAAGAAAA